AUGAACGACCUGAUGACCAAAUCCUUCACCAGCUACGUGGAUCUGAAGAAAGAAGCCAUGAAAGACCUCGAGGCCGGCCCCGAUCUAGAGAUGGGGGCGACCAAGAUGGACCGGAACCUCAGCCUGUUCCUGGAAGAAGCAGAGAAGGUGAAAAUGGAGAUGGGUUCGAUCAGAGACAUUCUGGGUCAGCUCCACGAAGCCAAUGAAGCGAGCAAGUCGUCGCAUAAGCCAGAGGCACUGAAAUUGCUGAGGAACCGAAUAAAUUCCGAUGUGGUGGCAGUUUUGAAGAAAGCAAGGGCUAUAAAGGUUCAGUUGGAGGAGAUGGAUAGGGCGAACGCCGUCAGCCGGAGGCUCUCCGGCUGCAAAGAGGGCAGUCCGGUGGACCGGACCAGGUCGGCCGUCACCAACGGGCUGAGGAAGAAGCUCAAGGAGCUGAUGAUGGAUUUUCAGGGGCUGAGGCAGAGGAUGAUGUCGGAGUACAAGGAGACUGUUGGCCGGAGGUACUUCACGGUCACCGGAGAGUACCCCGACGAGGAGGUCAUCGAGAAGGUCAUCUCCAACGGGAAUGGCCUCGGAGGCGAAGAAUUCCUUCAAAGGGCCAUUCAGGAGCACGGGAGGGGGAAAGUGCUGGAGACGGUGGUGGAGAUACAGGACAGGCACGACGCGGCGAACGAGAUAGAGAGGAGCCUGCUUGAGCUGCACCAGGUGUUCCUGGACAUGGCGGUGAUGGUGGAGGCCCAGGGGGAGCAGCUCGACGACAUCGAGCACCACGUGAUGAACGCCGCCCAGUACGUCGGCGACGGGGCCAAGAAUCUGAAGACAGCUAAGAAGUACCAGAGGAGCAGCAGGCGGUGGAUGUGCAUUGGGAUCAUACUGCUGCUAAUUCUGGUUCUGGUGGUCAUCAUCCCCAUUGCCACUAGUCUCAGCAGCUCUUGAACAUGAACACUUCUUUCUUGUUCUUGUAUUAUUAAUCUUCUUGGCUUAAUUCCUAGGUCCCCUGUUUUGGGACCCAAAAAUUGUGACUGUGUUGUUAAUGAAAAAUUGGUCCCCUGUUUUAAUUA